AAACAAUCAAUUUCAUCUUUCACUUUUGUAUGAUUGUAUGUUCCGCAAACCUCAGGAUUUUGAAUAUUGAUCCAUUCAUCUAUAUAAAUACGCUUCUACAAUAAUAUUAUAGCGUAUAUAUAAUACAAGAUGGAGUACCCCGAUGUUCCCGAACAGCCCUCUCCGUCGCCUCCAGCUUCUCCCAUUCCGGAUCGACCUGCAUCACCUGAACUCCCACUUACUAUGACUGCGUCAGCUGUCCUCACGGCGCUUCCUCAAGAUGCAAGCUCGGCUCUCGCCAGCGCUGGUAAAUUUGAAAAGGAGAAAGUUCGCAUUCGUUUCAAGGCUGUCGGAGGGUCUGCUCCGCAGCUCAAGCGCGAAGUGCGCCAGAUAAGCGCCGCGCAAAAGUUCGAGGCCGUCGUGUCUCACUUACGCAAGGCGCUGCAUCUCAAUCCUACCGAUAGUCUGUUUCUCUACGUGAAUAGUGUCUUUGCCCCCGCUCUGGAUGAGAUCGUCGGCAACUUACAUCGAUGUUUUAAGGAUUCAAACGAUCAGUUGAUUGUGGCUUAUUCAAUGACUCCUGCGUUUGGAUGAGAUGAGAUGGAGGAUUGCUGCAAUCAUGACGUCUCAAUUAUACUCCCCAAACGCCUAUCUAUGCUGACACGGUAUAUUAAACCAAACUGGAUGGUUGCGCCUUUAACCCUCUAUCGGUCUGUGGUAUAAUGCAGAACCCAACCAAGCGAUUGAUAUCGCGUCA